AUGUCGAGCAGCCUCCGUCCUCCUGACCUCCUGAUGGUGGAGCAGAGCGACCUGACGGCGAGGGCACGUACCACAUGUGUUCAUGAAUACGCCUCGAGCAGCAGGUCCCUGGUUUCAGUCCUGGCCAGGGGAACAUCUACUGGAUGCGACCCUUUCACCCAGACUCAGCGCAGCAAACUGCAGCACAGACGAGCUCGCAUCAACCAGCAGAUCAACAAGGAGAUGCUCAUGAGAGCAGGAGCAGAGAAUCUGUUCAGGGCGACGACCAACAACAAGGUGAGGGAGACUGUUGCUCUGGAGCUCAGCUUCGUCAACUCCAACCUGCAGCUGCUGAAGGAAGAACUGGAGGAGCUCAACAGCAACAUGGAGGUUUACCAGACCGACAGUGAGGCUGUCAACGUUCCCAUGAUCCCACUCGGCCUAAAAGAAACCAAAGAGGUGGACUUCACACUUUCCGUCCAGGACUUCAUCUGCGAGCACUACGGAGAGGACAGCUCUCUGUACGACAAGGAGCUCAAAGAGCUUAUGGAGCUCAGACAGGCCAUGCGUACACCCAGUCGUAACCAGGCCGGUCUGGAGCUGCUGAUGGAGUACUACAACCAGCUGUACUACCUGGACCAGCGCUUCUUUCCUCCACUCAGGAACCUCGGCGUUCACUUCCACUGGUACGACUCUCUGACCGGCGUCCCGUCGUGUCAGCGUGCGUUGGCCUUCGAGAAAGGAAGCGUGUUGUUCAACAUCGGCGCCCUGUACACGCAGAUGGGAGCACGGCAGGACCGCUCUGCAACAGCUGGGAUAGACAGAGCGAUCGAUGCCUUUCAGAGAGCUGCAGGUACAGAAACAACACAAUCACACACGUGA